AUGAGUUAUCAACGCCCACCUGUACCGCCUCCGAGCUACCAAGAGCAGGCGGAAAACGUCUUUCAGCAACCGGCUCCUCAGUCUGAUUACAAUUACAAUUACAAUUACACUCCGAACUACAACACUAAAUAUUCCAGACCUGAAGGGCGUCCUCCCAGCAAUGGUCAAUCUCAGCCUAAUCAAUUUACACCUGGUCAAAUGAACGGCGCUAAUGCCAACGAUGAGAAGUACAACUUUGAGUCACCUCCGACUCCUAAUGCAGGAGUAGACAAUUUUGACGAAGCAUUCAAAGUGGAUAAGCCUAAAUGGAACGAUAUUCCCUUUAUUUUCUUGUUCCUUGCCACUGUGGCUGGCUUUGUGGUCGUUGCUGUCAUAAGUAUUUCUUAUUACCAUUCACAUACUUCAUACUACGGGACAGGAAUUCACAAUGGAAUAGAAAGCUCCACAAUGAAUAGCAACUCGCUCAUUGUCUUUGCCAUUGUUGUUUCCGUGUCUUUGGUUUUCUCCGUUUUGAUCCUUCUUAUCGCAGGCAGGUGGCCUUCUAUGUUUAUUAAGACUGGUCUUGUUCUCAAUGUAGCGUUUGGAUUAGCAACCGCUAUCUAUUACUUGGUUGUUGGCUAUUAUUCUGCUGGAAUCGUCUUCCUCGUUAUUGCUGUACUAUUCAGCUUUUGCUACUAUUCUUUAAGAUCCAGAAUCCCCUUUAGUACAACCGUGUUAAGAAUAGUCAUUGGUGUUAUUAAGAAAUAUCCAAGCUGCUUCAUUGUAGGAAUUAUCGGAAUGCUACUUAUGGGAGGAUUUUCCUAUUUGUUCAUUGUCACUAUCGUCAGUGUCUAUGCUAAAUGGGGUGAUAACUCUGUUCCUGAGAGUUACGAUCAAUCCAAGUUGAUUGGUUUGCUCGUGUUUGUUUUCUUUGCGGGCUAUUAUAUCACCGAGGCUCUAAGAACUACUAUCCAUGUGACUCUUAGUGGAAUAUACGGUACUUGGUACUAUCUCUCGAAGAGUGAUGCCGGUAUGCCAAAACAUGCAGCAUUGGGAUCGUUUAGAAGAGCCAUGACCUUCUGCUUUGGCUCCAUCUGCUUCGGUUCUUUGCUUGUGGCAUUGGUUCAGUUAUUGAGACAGCUUAUCAAUAUAGCUAAACUGCAGGCUCUAGGUAAUGGUAACGGAUUAGCUUACUGCCUUCUUAUCGUUCUUGACAUGUUUGCAUACAUUCUCGAUUUCUGUCUUCGUUACUUCAAUCACUAUGCUUACUCGUACAUUGCUUUGUACGGUAAGAGUUACUUGAAGUCUGCCAGAGACACUUACCACAUCUUCAAAUACAAAGGAUUUGAUGCGUUAAUGAACGACUGUAUUAUUGAUACCGCAUUGGGCAUCUAUUGCUUCUUUGCGGGCUUUCUCGCUGCAUUCACUUCAUACAUGUAUUUGAGAAAAACAAAGCCUGCCUAUAACACCGACGGUUCAUACUAUGCACCAAUAGUGGCGUUUUCCUUUGUCAUUGCCAUGCAAGUUUGUAAUGUAGUUACCACUGUGAUCACAUCAGGUACUGCCACAUUUUUCCUCUGCUUGGCCAAGGAUCCAGAGGUGUUCAAGGUCAGUUACCCUGACGAAUUUGACGAAGUGUUCAGAAAUUACCCACAAGUCUUGUUAAAGGUUCAGACUCCUGACCGUUGA